GGGAACGUGUUCGUGCGAGCAAAAUUUUGAAGGGCCCUCAAAAUACAAAAUUUUCUGGUGAUAGACAAGCUUUUGUCAAAAAGCUAGGUCAAGCUUUGUAUGCUUCCAAAAUAAUCUCUUAUACCCAAGGCUUCAUGCUCAUGCGUGAAGCAGCAAAAGAUAAUUCUUGGAAUUUGAAUUAUGCCGGCAUCGCUUUAAUGUGGCGAGGUGGCUGUAUUAUUCGCAGCGCCUUUCUGGGUGAUAUAAAAAACGCAUAUACCAAUAAUCCAAACCUCGAGAAUCUACUUUUUGAUCCAUUUUUCAAAAAUGUUAUUGAGCGUUCCCAAGAAUCUUGGCGUCAAGUUGUUGCAGAAGCAGUUUUGCUCGGAAUUCCAACACCGGCAUUGUCUACUGCAUUGUCAUUUUAUGAUGGUUAUAGACACGAUAGGCUACCUGCGAGUUUACUUCAGGCGAUGAGAGAUUAUUUCGGAGCCCAUACUUUCCAAUACCUUGACGAGUGCGAAGAUGAAACUCACCCUAAAAAUACCGAUAUUCAUGUCAACUGGACAGGUCAUGGUGGUAAAGUGAGUUCGUCUUCAUACCAGGCUUAG